AGCACUUGGAGAACAGCAGGCAAGGAUGGAUGUGGUCGGCAGCCUUCUCGUGAAUGGAAGCAGCAUCACCCCUCCCUGUGAGCUAGGGAUUGAAAAUGAGACGCUCUUCUGCUUGGAUCAGCCCCCUCCUUCCAAAGAGUGGCAGCCGGCGGUGCAGAUUCUCCUGUAUUCCUUGAUAUUCCUGCUCAGUGUCCUGGGCAACAGCCUCGUCAUCACGGUGCUGAUUCGGAACAAGAGGAUGAGAACCGUCACCAACAUCUUCCUGCUCUCCCUGGCAGUCAGCGACCUCAUGCUCUGCCUCUUCUGUAUGCCGUUCAACCUCAUCCCCAACCUGCUCAAGGAUUUCAUCUUCGGGAGUGCUGUCUGCAAGACCACCACCUACUUCAUGGGCACUUCUGUGAGCGUCUCCACCUUUAAUCUGGUAGCCAUAUCUCUGGAAAGAUACGGUGCAAUUUGCAAACCGCUGCAGUCCCGGGUCUGGCAGACAAAAUCCCACGCGUUGAAGGUGAUCGCCACUACCUGGUGCCUCUCCUUUACCAUCAUGACCCCCUACCCAAUUUACAGCAACCUGGUGCCGUUUACCAAAACUAACAAUCAGACCGCAAAUAUGUGCCGCUUUCUCCUGCCGAAUGAUGUGAUGCAGCAGUCCUGGCACACAUUCCUGUUACUCAUCCUCUUUCUUAUUCCUGGAAUCGUGAUGACAGUGGCAUAUGGAUUAAUCUCUCUGGAACUUUACCAAGGAAUAAAAUUUGAUGCUAUCCAGAAGAAGUCUGCCAGGGAAAGGAAGCCGAGCAGCGGCGGCAGGUGCGAGGACAGCGACGGGUGUUACCUGCGGGGGCCCGAGCCACGGCCCCGCCUGCAGCUUCAGCAGCUGUCCCGCAGCGGAGUCCGCCGCGCCAGGAGCAGCAGCUCGACGGCCAACCUCAUGGCCAAGAAGAGGGUGAUCCGCAUGCUCAUGGUCAUCGUGGUCCUCUUCUUCCUGUGCUGGAUGCCCAUCUUCAGCGCCAACGCCUGGCGGGCCUAUGACACGGCCUCGGCCGAGCGCCGCCUCUCGGGGACCCCCAUCUCCUUCAUCCUCCUGCUCUCCUACACGUCGGCCUGCGUCAACCCCAUCAUCUACUGCUUCAUGAACAGACGCUUCCGCCUCGGCUUCCUGGCCACCUUCCCCUGCUGCCCCAACCCCGGUCCCCGGGGGGAGAGAGGGGAGGGGGGAGAGGAGGAGGAAGGCAGGACCACAGGGGCCUCCCUGUCCAGGUAUUCCUACAGCCACAUGAGCGCCAGCGCCCCACCCCCGUGAGCUGUCCCCAGCGCGGUGCCCCAGCAGGAGGGGCGGAGGGGGCGAUGACAAGAAGGGUUCCAUUUGCAGUGGGAACUGUUCAUUGUCUGCCUUUCAUCCUUCAUCCGGGCUCCAGGGCAACUCUACGAGGAGGCUGGGGCCACGGCUUGGUUUCUGGUCAAUUGGAGGGAGGAAGCGUUCAGUAACAUUGACCGUCAGAAAAACCUCACCAGGCCAGAGACAGGAGUCCAACAGGGCGGGUAUUACAAAUGCAAUUGCCAAACACGUGUUCAAAAUGGAGAUGUGGACGCUACGUACGCUUUAGAGGUUUCCAGAACAUCUAAGGUGAGCUCUCGCUCCUCGUAGUGAUGCGCUUCUGUGCUCUGCUCAUCCGCUGACACAGGACUGUGGAGCCUGCUUCCCCACCCCCACCCCGGGGAGUGUAUACUUUAUCUACUGUAUCCCACUCCUCACCAUGAUCACAAAGGGUAACAUGAAACAAAGACUCUUCUGGCCACUAUUUGAAGACAAGAGCCUGGCUUUUUCUUUUUGAGGUUGGGGAAGGACAUUCAGAGAUAACUUUAUGUCGUCCUCAAAACAGCAAACGGAUUGUUGUUGAAAAGAUUGAAUUUGGAAUUUAUAUUUCUAAAAGAGAAAAGGGGUGUGUGGCAAACAGCCAGGCGGAACGCUAUCCUCCCUUCAUGAAUAUUUAUGAGCGACAAGGUACAUAGGCCUUUGUUUUCUACUUCAAUGACCUGUAUUAUAUUGAACCCCAUGGCUUCUUUGCCUCACCUUAAUUUCCCACACUCAUCUGGCAAUUCCUCUUUUCCAGAAAGAUUCCAGGCACAAAGGUGAGUCUGUAACCUAUGUGUACCCUUUCAAGGGAGUAAACAGAAACAUGUGUAGUCAGUCCCAGAAUAAAAACUGGCACACUUGGACUCCAUUCUCAAGUAGCUUUGACUGUCAAAGCUGUCUGUGCCAUUAAAUACAACCUAUGUAUUUGUUAA